GACCCAAUUCCCAUCCGAUUUUGUGAAAGUGUUCAUAACAGGAUAAUUAGACCCGACGUAAUCCAGCCCGUAUAGUUUCUUUUCAACUUCAGAUAUAUCGCCAUUCUUGGACCUUCCAAUCCUCCUUUAAAAUCGAGCUGAAGCUUAUUCGAGUUUAAUCGUUUUACAAAAGCAGGGAAUUGAAGCUCAUUCGAGUCAAUAUUGUUUCCAAUUGAAGCUUAUUCGAGCUGGGUUUUAGCAGAUUCGUAUAGUAAGCUGAUGAAUAGAUGAUAAGCACGAUUAACAAGAACUCAAAUGUCACUAAAGUUCUUGUCUUGUAAUCAGUGGGUUCACCAGCUUCACCUUGAAAGCCCGGUGUCAUUAACUACCGCCAAAGGAAGUCGGAUAGAAGUUGGACCUAGAUUUCUUAGACUACCACAAAACACUCAACAUAAGAGCCUGUCUACAAGUUUAUGCUUUGCUAUGGAUCAGAAAAUCGUGCAUGAGGGUGCCUUUGGUGUUAGUCAGAAAGAUGGUGUGAUUAUCGUUGAUCAUGGAUCUCGUCGGAAAGAGUCCAAUCUCUUACUGAAUGAAUUUGUGCUGAUGUUCAAAAGCAAAACUGGAUACCCUAUUGUUGAGCCGGCUCAUAUGGAAUUGGCAGAACCAUCCAUAAAAGAUGCUUUCAAUUCAUGUGUCGAGCAAGGGGCAAAUCGUGUUAUCAUAAGCCCAUUCUUCCUAUUUCCUGGAAGGCAUUGGCAUCAGGAUAUUCCUUCCCUUGCAGAUGCUGCUGCUCUGGAGCAUCCCGGUAUCAAUUAUCUUGUCACUGCACCGUUGGGUCUGCAUGAGUUACUUGUGGAUGUUGUGAAGGACAGAAUUGACUAUUGCUUAAGUCAUGUAGCUGGAAAAGUGGAGGAAUGUGCAGUCUGUGCUGGAACAGGCAGGUGUAAAUUUAAAGUGCAGGAUUCCGAAAAUUAAUGUGUAGUGAUUUAAGCUACGCCGCACUUGUCAGUUUCAUGGAUCAAGCUAGAUAGCAUGUCUUUAGAACGUCAACUGUAAUAACCGGAAGGUAUGGCAUUGCUAUUUGGAGUACACAUCACUUCCUGAGAAAUAUCUGCAGCAUAUGCCGUGGGUGCUGAAUAUCUGGAUGUAGUGGCUUGUUUUCUCAGUGUAUAUGACAAUCAAUCUGAGUGGAUCACGUGAUAAAUAAGUAUUGUAACAUCAUCAUGAAUUCAUGACAAUGGUAAUCUAUGUACUGCAUAAGACGGUCAGUGAAGAAUUUUGCCAUUUUUUUGAAA